UACACGAGUGUACGGUAUUGUCUCUCUACUGUUGAACCUGGAAAUCCCUGCCCUUACUUUUUGACGUUCACAAGCUAAUAAACCCUAUCAAGGGUUACAGUCCACAAUUUCCAAUUAAACCCCAUCCUCCACCCCCUGCUCCACCGCCCUGAUGGGCGGCGCGUCAAGGUUCACAAUGCUCCUCACCGCUCCCUCCCCCUUCCUCCUCCGCCUCGCUCGCCGCCGCCUCCCGUCUUCGCCCUCUCUCUCUAAUCUCUCUACUCCCUCUCCCACUCCGCGCCCUCAGCUACGCUUAAUCCGCCUCGUACAAGCCAAAGCCGGCAUUCACACCCAAACUACCACCACCACCAAUCAAGACGACAACAGCCGAGACUCCCUCGGCUUUUCCCCCACCUCUCCUCCGCCCCCCGCCGCCCACCCGUGGCCAGAGUGGUCCGCACUCGUUGAUUCUCUCUCCUCCCGCGGGUAUUUCGAUCUUCCGACACGAGAGAUUCUCGCUGACGAUGCAUUCGUGGCGCACGAGGAGUUGUCAGAUGAAUUCGUCCGUGCCUCCAGCGCUUGUCUGGCUUUCGCUCGUGACCGGACGGAUCUUAUGGGUUUGCUUCCGAGAAGUGAUAUUGGCAUGGUUGUGGAAACUGGAACACCAUUUCUUUUCAAAAGUGCUCUCGAUACUACACGGAGGAUGAGGGCGUUUCUUGGCAUUGGUGCUGGCAAUGAGUUCGACUCCAAUAAAGCGCACACGGUUGACCUGAUGAAGUAUUUGUUGAGUUAUGCAAGCAAUCCUACUGUUUCUUCAGGAAAAAGCAAUCUGCGUGCAGAAGGGCUUAUUGAAUCAGCCAUUAGGAACCUUCUGAGUGAGUUAACUAGGUUGGGUUUUGGAAUUCCAGCACCAGAGUCUUGUGCUUCGGUCCAGCAUCAGUUCCUAGAUAGGUAUGGACAAACUCCAAGGCCUCUUGGACAGAACACGGAAAUGAAGAGAGGUGAUUGGAUAUGCCCUAGGUGCACUUUUAUGAACUUUGCGAGGAACGUUAAAUGCCUUAAAUGUGAGGAGGCAAGACCAAAGAGACAGUUGAUGGGUGGGGAGUGGGAGUGUCCUCAAUGUGAUUUCUUUAACUAUGGGAGGAACCCACUAUGCAUAAGGUGUGAUUGCAAGAGACCCGUAGACACUUCAUUUGGGAUUACUGAUUCAAGCUCUGUUUCGGGACAUGGUAAUGGGCUAUAUGCAAAUAAGCCUGAUAUUGAGAGCAGAUUAGCUGCCAAUGAAGAAAAGGCACAGCGGUGGUUUACUAAGGCUUCUCAACUGGAGAGUGCUGCUGAUUUGAGUAGUGCUGCUGCUGAUGAAGAUUUUCCUGAAAUCAUGCCUUUGAGGAAAGGGGUAAACCGGUUUGUUGUAAGCACAAGGAAGACUCCAUUGGAGCGGAGGCUUGCUAAUUCUCAAUUUCAAAGAGAUGCAGCUAAUACUGGUUCUUUUGAAAUUCUUGAUGCUAAUGGACAAAAUGCUGAAACAGCGAGUUCUCCUUCACUGUCUAGAUCAACAUCUCAACAGUUUGGGCAUCCCAAGGGGAGCCAUUCCAGUUAUGUUCCGUUUGUGCCAUUACCCAAGGACAUGUUUGCUAAAAAUCCCGAAAAGAUUGAGGAAAAUGAGAGGGUGGUAACAGAUACCUUCCAUGAUGCCUCUUUGAAGGCUAGUGAGCAAACUAGCGCUGUUCCUGUGAAAAGUGAUACCAGAAAGUUGGGGGAUAAUUUGAAUUUAACUGAACAGCCAUCAAAUGAGGUUGAGAAGUCCGAAAGCUGGUUUAAGAAGCUGGCAGAUUUGCAUGAGCCUGCAGACUUGGAAAGUGAAAUUUCAGAUGACUUUCCGGACAUCAUGCCUAUGCGUAAGGGAGAAAAUCGUUUUGUAGUGAGCAAGAAAAAUAGCCGUUCUUUAUCUUCUCCUAUGUACAAAAGGAAAAUGGCGAUGGAGCAAACAAGCAGCACUACCAAUUUCGUCCCCUUUGUUCCUUUCCCACCAGACUAUUUCGCUAAAAGGAAUAAUCAGCGGCCACAUGGGGCAGAUUCAACUGUGAAAGCAACCGGUGAAACUUCUUCUGAUUCUGACACAAAUAACGUCCCCAACAUGGAUAACCCACAAACCAGCACAGGGGUGUUGAAUUCGGAAUCUUCUGGAGAAAACUUAAACGAGAGAAAGAAUCGUGAUACUGAUGGGUCGCCAACCAGUGGAAACCCAACACAGAAUUCCUUCAGUUCCCAAAGUAGUGAUAAAGAGGAUGGUUGGAGUAGUGGCUUUUCUGGAAAAGAGUGUAGAAUUGAGAAUACAGAUUUAUCUUCUGGAGAAAACUUUAAUGAGAGAAAACAUUUUACUUAUGGGUCUCCAAUCGGAAGAAACCCAACGCAGAAUUCCUUUGAUUCCCUUAAUAACAAACAAGAUGGUCGGAGUACUGGCUUUUCCAGAAAAGAGAGAAGAACUGAGAGCACAGAUUUGACUGGGACCAAACAGCCUGAAAGUCAGAGUUCCAGGAGUGGUUGGACAGGAAAGAGCUUGGAGGGGUCGGCGGUGCAGGAACCUGAUCCUUUGGACAUGUCAGAAGAGGCUAAGGCGCAGAGGUGGUUCCGGCGUGUUGCUCAGAUCAAGGACAUCUCUGAACUCAGUCAAAUACCCGAUGAAGACUUUCCGUCGAUAAUGCCUAUGCGGAAAGGAGUUAACAGGUUUGUGGUGAGCAAGAGGAAAACACCUCUAGAGAGAAGAUUGACAUCUCCGCAGUACAGGAGGAAUCUUCCUGUAGUGAGCUCGGAUCCACUGAAGAAGGAAAACGAAAAUAGCUGAAAAACAUAAAAAAAAUGUUUCCUUUUACGCAAGAUUCAUUACGAUUGUCUCAGCAAAUUUUGUUCUCUGUAACUUUAUGAAGAAAGCUAAAGAGCGGCAGAAAUAUGAUCAUUGUCAUCAACUUUUCUACAGCUGCAUUUGUAUCAUAGUAACACAUUUUCAGUUUUCCCAAAGGUAAAA